AAAGCAUUGGGCGUUUUAAUCAUGGAAAGAGUUUUUUUCCUCACACCAGGGCUGUGAGCUGUAACUGCGUUUCAACACUAAGAAGUCCUGAUUGGCUCAGCAAUGGCAGACAUACUGGAGCUACGGACGGAUGGAAACUCGCUCCUGAAAGCAGUGUGGCUCAAACGCUUGAGACUCACCAGACUCCUGCUGGAAGGUGGUGCCUACAUCAAUGAGAGCAAUGAGCGUGGAGAGACGCCGCUCAUGGUGGCCUGCAUGUCCACUCACAGCGAUCAGCAAAGCGUAAGUAAGUCGAAGCUGGUGAAGUAUUUGUUGGACAACCAAGCAGACCCCAACAUUCAAGACAAAGCAGGUAGGACGGCCCUAAUGUACGCCUGCCUCUACAAGGCUGGACACGAGGUGGUGGAUCACCUCCUCACCAAUGGGGCUGAUCCCAGUCUGGAAGACAGGAGCGGGGCUUCGGCCCUGGUCUAUGCCAUCAAUGCAGAUGAUAAGGAAACGCUGAAAGUGCUGUUGGAUGCAUGCAAAGCUAAAGGCAAGGAGGUCAUCAUAAUCACCACCGACAAUUCCCCAUGCGGUGUGAAAACUACCAAACAGUAUCUUAAUGUUCCCCCUUCACCGGAGCUAGACGAACGGUGUUCUCCAACAUACUGCGCUUCCCCUUCCGGCAUUGACGUAAGUGCAUCAACCACACCCGAGCAAGAACAACAAAACAUGGUCUUCAGUUUCCAGACUAAGCUGAAAACCUCCAGCUCGAUUGUGAAGUUGGCCAAUGGGCCAACAUCUCCAACACGCCGGGCUGCCAACCCCAAACGUGCACGUCUGCCUCAACUAAAGCGUCUGCAGUCAGAGCCUUGGGGGCUGAUUGCACCAUCUGUCUUGGCAGCUGCUGCCGCUGCCCAAGAAGAGAGUAAAAAGGGGAGCUCUGAAGAGGAGGCUGUCGCAGGUGUAAAUGGACUCUGUUUAAGUAAGAAGUCUGCGUUGUCUCGCCAGAACAGUGUAGAUGGGAAGGACACCAUAUUCCCACUAGUGGGUGAACAAUCCUGCAAGACGACAACCUCUCUGUCCAUCCCUCCAGCGUCAUAUGAGAGAUCUCUCAGCCAACACCAGCCACUAGCACGGCGAAGUACCGUCCCCACUGACCAGGACAGCGGUGGUGGCAACAGUGGACCACCCAGUCUGAGAGACACUUUGCACAGGCGACGCCUGGGGAAUGAUCACUACGAUUCUGAUUCACAACUCUAUUCAGACUCGGCCAUGUUAGACUCUCCUAAGGUGCCGGUGGAGCGGCGGAAACUUAACACUUCGCCGUUAGCGAUGCUGACCAGCUCUAGAGAAUCCCUAGACAGUAAUGCCAGCACGUCCUCUCCCAGCACAGCACGCAGGCGUGCACCAGGCCUCCUGGAGAGGAGAGGCUCAGGCACCCUACUACUAGACUACAUCUCGCACACUCGGCCUGGCCACCUACCCCCACUCAACGUAAACCCUAACCCCCCCAUUCCCGAUAUUGGGGUUAGUAGCAAACCCUCAUCACCUCUGACCACAGGUAUUAGAUCUAUAGCCCCAGUAGCACCAAACACACCAAAGAGAGGCUGCUUGAAGUCCAAGAACAAACUGGUGAGAAGGCACUCUAUGCAAGUGGAGCAGAUGAAGCAGCUUUCUAAUUUUGAGGAGCUGACACAUUAGUUAAUGUUGUUUCUGCAGCACAUAUUCUGAAGGUAGAAACACAAAUUGUCAUUCAGUUGUCUUCAGCUGUGUAGACUUGAUGUUGAAUAAUGCAUAAUUUAUUGCAGAAUUAUGUAACUGAGCAAUAUGGAUAGAUUUCCUCCCCAUGUCACACACAGUCUUUAGGAUAUUACAGAAUCUAUGACAUUCUGAACAUCUACUUCAUAUGUAUUACAGUUUUGAAUGUAAAUGCCAAAACAAUGGUAUUUCAAACUAGCUCUCUGACAUCACAGUGUAUUAUGUUUGAGGAACAUACAGGGUACAUUAGUAGCCAAUGGGCCACUUGGGUGCACUUUGUGCAUAUGUAAUUAUCACCAUCAUAACAGACUUUGGAUGGGAACAAAAUAUGUUGCACUUGUCUAAGAUGUAGCUUGGGAUUAGAUGAAAUGUGGCUGUAGCAACUUUGUACAAAGUGCCUUCAAGAUAAUUCAAUUGGAGAAAGUGGGGAGAUGUGCUUUAUGUAUUAAAUUGUUUCAGAAUGA